CCUCGUCAACUACGUUUCUUCACUCUUCACUUCAUAAUAUCAACUUCAUUCUAAACAAUUAGAAAAAACAAAUUAUACAUGUCUCCACAAACAUAAAGAAUAUUAAUUGUUUAAGGAAAAUAUAUUAUUUAGAAUACUAAAUAUACCGGGAAAGUAAUUAUAUGUGUGUGGGCGGGUACCCAUGGGUCGGGUUUACCUAAACCCAAACUUAACCCGACCCGGUGAAUAGUGUAGCGGGUUUAAACCCGAACCCGACUCAAAACCCAUCAACACGGAUUUUACCCUCGUUGACCGGAUUGGGUCGGAUGGGUACCCGUGGGUUCGAGUUUUGUUGCCAUCCCUAGCCUUAUGCAAAAAGAUAAAAUUAGGGAGGCAGCAAAAGUAUAAUUACGUUGAUGAGAUCGAUAUAAUCACACACCCUUAACCCUACUAAAUAAAUAAAUAAUAAUAAUAUAAAAGAAUGACCUGGCAGACUGUCUGCCUCACUGGCAUUGUGUUGUCUGCAAUAUUGUUGUUCCCUUUCUAAAUAUUCAACCUUCUUCCUCCCUUCCCCCUUUCCACUCUAUAAAUCACAAUCUCUCUUCUUCCGUCCUCCUCCGUCAACCCGCCGGAGCAGUUUCCACGAUCAUGACCAUGAGCAGCAACCCCGGUCAGGGAGCUGGUCAGCAGUUCGGCGACACCACGCUGACCAAAGUCUUCGUCGGCGGGCUGGCGUGGGAAACCCCCAAGGACACGAUGCGCGACCACUUCGAGAAGUACGGCGAGAUCCUCGAGGCCGUCAUCAUCUCCGACAAGCUCACCGGCCGAUCCAAGGGCUACGGCUUCGUCACUUUCAAGGAAGCUGAAUCCGCGAAGAAAGCCUGCGAGGACGCCUCUCCGGUCAUCAACGGCCGCCGCGCGAACUGCAACCUCGCCUCCCUCGGCGCUCGCCGCCAGCAGCAGAGGUCCGCCGCCGCCCCUCCCGCCUCCACCACUCCGCCGCCGCUUCCGCAUCACCACCACCACAAUCGACAAGGAUCCAACGGCGGGGUGAGGUCCACGUCAGCGGUAGGAGCAGCCAAUCACCAUCAAGUUCAGUGGUACUAUCCAGCUGCGGCACCGGCGACAACGGCCGCUGCUGCUUUCUCUCACCACCACGCCGCCGUCCCUUUCUACGGGUACAAUCCGACUUACAUUGCAACCGAUAUGGGCUACAAUCAGAAGUUGAGCUACGGCGGCGCCGGUGCCGGAGGAGCGUACAUGGGCGGCGGCGGGCAGUACGGUCAUCAUCAGGUUUACACGGGGAUGAUGGGGUCCGGAGGAAAUACAAUGAUGCCAAUCUACCCGGUGUACCAGUACUACGGGGGCGCGCACCACCAAUCUCAUCAUCAUCCGGCGGCGGCGAUGGGGAUGCCGGCGAUGUACUCGCCGGCGGGGCCCAUCAUCUCCAAACCACCACCCAUGGUGGCCCAUCCUCCUACCUCCGUUUGCUUGGCUGUGGAGUAGGUGGUACAGUUGGGAGCAGUUGACAGCUUUAACAAGGUUGGUUGUUAAAAGCCAAAGGCCGGUCCCCAAUUUCUCUUUUAACACCGCAAAAGGAAAAAAAAAGAAGAAGCAAAUAACCAAAUUAUGGCGCCGAGGCAAAGAAAGCUGGGAUCUCGUCAUUCGUCAAGCUGCUGCUGGGCUGGGCUGGGCUGGGCUGGUUGCUGGGCUCAUGGGCAUGCUUUUGCUGCUACAGAAUCACCAUUAUUUAUCUGGAUCUGUCGCGGCCCAUUCCAUUUUUUGUUUUGUUUUUUUUCCUUCAUUAACAAAAAAAAAAAGUCGCUUUCUUUCAUUAUCAUUAAUUUUGUUAUUGAGUUAAUUGGAAGGGCUAUUAUUUGAUUAAUUAAUUCAACUAGCUGCAGGUUCAAUGGAUACUGGAUAAGAUCAUAACCAAGAUGACUCUUUGAUUAUUCUAAAUUUUUGGGUAUUUUUAAUCUCAUUGCUCGAUCUGAUCUCCACCUCUGAUUAACAUCUGAUCAACUUGAGCUGUGAAUCACAUUAGUAUAAUCAUUACCAUAAGACUAAUUAGCCAGGACAAACCAAGACCAAAUCACAUGGCAGCAUCAUGCUAUGUUCUAUCCAUGUUCUUCAUUACCUCUCUCUCCUCCCAUCUCUUUGCCAGCUUUCUACACAGAAAACAAAGGCUUCAAGAUGCGACUUUUCCCCUCCACUCUCUGUUUCGUGAAAAAACCGACUCCUUUACUUCGAUUGGCUUUCUUCUAGUUGGAGUUGGGAUAUGCAUAACUGCGCCAUUGAUUGUGGCGGUUCAAUGGACUACUUGUCACUCGGUUUCUCAUCUCCAAUCAGGAAAGGAACCCAUGUCGCCCGGGUCAACAUAAUCAGACAUAAAAGUUCAAAUCUUUCCAAGCAAUUAAGCAGAGUUGACGUUAUGAUCUUGCCUAACCCAUCUUGUUUUUAUAUAUCAGUCUGGACUCUGGAAGCCUGCCUGAAAUGAUCUUGCCUCCACAUGGCUGCUAUAUAUUGUUGUUGGUGUUAAAUGUGUUAAAAUCAAUGUUGUCGGAACAGAACCGGAGUAUGACCCGAUAAUACGAACGACUCGCACUUUAGUGGUCCAACCGGCAUUAGACCGUUUAAAAAACCGUUAGAGAACCGGUACCUAAUAAACGUUAUCGGUAUAAAUAGUAGACAUUUCUUAAUCAGAGCUCGUCUCUUUCCUUCGAAAUUGUGAAAUGGAAAUAAGGAUUCAGUUUGAGAGCCAGACGUUAUUGGUUUAUUUUAAUUUUCAAUUUUCUGCAAUUUUUUUUAAUUAAAUUUAACGGCUGAAUGACAAAAACCGGACGAGCGGCUCGAUUGGCUAACCACCUCGGCCGCUCGUCAACCGCUACACAAAACCGGAGCGGCUUUUAGACUGUUCCGAGCCGAUUUUGUGACCGAUGACGGUUUUACCGGUCGGGCCGAGCGGUUCGGCUCCGCUCGGCUUUAAUAACACUGGUUAAAAUUGUUCAGGGAAGGAUAUGGCUGCCCCUACCUACUUUCCUGUCCUGGCCUGUCCUGGCCUUGUAUUUUGUUUUUCAGAAACAACAAGGUCUUCUUCUUCUUGACUGCUAGCUAGCUAGCUGCUCCAUCAUUUGACUGGGGAUAUACAAAUAUCAAUUCAACGAUGUGGAUGUAUCAAUGGCUGUUUCCAAAUUAAGACACGAGCAGUGCUCUCUGCAUAUUUCCACUUGUGCAUGCAUCAUUUAUCAGAGUCUUCACAUGGUUUUUCUCCAUCCAUAAGGGCUAAGGCAAGUUUUGAACAACCAUAUAGGCAAACAGAAAGUAAAAAGCGUAAGCAAAAGGAAACAUAAACAUAGGGAUAAGAA